AGAGCAGGAGAUCAAUUAGCCUGUGUUGUAUGGCCUGGUGCUUUCCCACACUCUUCUUCCUCCCCAGUUUUAUUUCAGGCUCCAGAUGAACUGCUGUCCUGUUCCACACUUCCAUUGUCUCUCCGGUCUCUUUUAUUGGCUGUUGAGUGUGGGAACGUCCAGUUCACACUAGUCUGCCAGUAUUAAGCCUAUAUAGGGAGGUAGAUCCAUUCAUAGAUAUCAGACUGCCUGACUACAGACACGUGGACUUAUCCACUGCACUAUGGCUCCUUAUUGCAACAGGAUGUACCACAUGGAGACUAACAAUGGCAAAGACAUGAGAAAGAUUAGAAAACCAGUGGUUGAGAAAAUGAGGAGAGAUCGGAUUAACAGCAGCAUCGAGCAGCUCAGGAUGUUACUGGAGAAACAGUUUGAGAAACAUCAUCUCCCAACCAAACCAGAGAAAGCUGACAUUCUGGAAGUAGCAGUGAGCCUACUGAGACAGCAGCUACAAAGCAUGGCCAAACCCGUUCCAGCUUCCAGACACAUUUUCCCAGCAUCUGCAUCAAAGCACAUUGAGUUAUUCACCACUAAGAAACACACAGUUAUAGACAUGGACCUGCUGGUGAAUGUUAAUGAAAGCCAAACAGCAGGAGAGAACAUGUGCUGGCCGCUGGCUCCUUCUCACCAGGCCCCCACUAAGCAGUCCUCCUUGGCUAAUAAUAAUGUGGAUCUAUGGAGACCUUGGUAAUGAAAUAUCUGGACUCAGAGUAAUUCUAAUAGAAGACAGAAGUGGACUGACUUUACUGGGCCAUGUUUCCUGCUAGACUAAUAGCUCAAUUAGUAUGGCAUCUAACUGACACUAUUGGACGAAUAAAUGCUUGGGAUCACAAUGUGUGAUGGGGCUUCCAAUUUCUGCCCCUCUAAUGUUGCUUAUCUGCAACUCCCAGAAUCCCACUGUCCAUUGGCUAAUGGGGUUACUGAAAUAUGUCUAGAGAAUUACACUGCUUCUUAGUUAACGGGACUUAACUGUAAAGUAUAAGUUACUCUGCAAUAUAUAUAUAUAUAUAUAUAUAUACUGUGUAGCUGGUGCACACGGCAAGCAGUCCAAUGCCUGUGUGCUGGUUUAUAACAAUCUCAUAGUACGCUCAAAAAAAACCGCAUCAACCAGGUCUUAGUGUGAAAAAUCAAAUA